AUGGCGUCGAAGACCAGCACGCAGACCACCGGUCCGAGCGACAAACUGCCCCUCCAUGCUUCUCUCAGUGCCAAAAAGUCUGGAGAGGUAAAGAGGCUGCACCACAUUCCCCGCCCGGAAGCCCUCGAGGACCAGCGGCGAUGGCAGCUUGAACAGAUGGCUGGUGCCUUUCGCAUCUUCUCCAAGCUGGGCUUCGCAGAUGGCAGUAGCGGCCACAUCAGCCUCCGCGACCCCAUACGCCCAGAGACGUUCUGGAUCAACCCUUACGGCGUCCACUUUGGCGUUCUCAAAGUCUCCGAUAUGGUUCACGUCGACCACCAAGGUGAUCGCAUCGGCGGGGGCGAGGGGCCCGUCAACAAGGCGGGCUUCAUCAUCCAUAGCGCCAUCCAUGAGCGGCGGCCCGACAUCCACGCCGCGUGCCACAUGCACAGCCCGUACGCCCGCGCCUGGAGCACUUUUGGCCGGCCCAUCGACAUGGUCAACCAGGACAGCUGCAUGUUUUACGACGACCUGUCCGUCUACGCGUCCUUUGGCGGCGUCGUCUUCGCACCGGAAGAGGGCGGGAAAAUUGCCGAUGCGCUGGGACCGCACCACAAGAAUGUCAUACUUCAGAAUCACGGUAUCCUGACGUCGGGCGGCACCGUCGCCGAGGCCGCGGCUUUUUUCAUCGCGCUGGAGCGUGCGUGCCAGACGCAGUUGCUACUCGAGUCGGCCGUCGCCCCAACCACCCUGGGCGGGGCAGUGAGCGGCCUGCAAAAGACGUACGUGUCACAUGAGGAGGCCGAGUAUACCAAGGCGGGCACCGGGACGCCCGAGGUGAUGUAUAUGCAGUUUGUGCCAGAGUAUCAGCUCAUACUCAAGGAAUCUGGGGGAGACUUUCUCGAGUAG